UGUAGUAGUGUUAGACAAUGGAAUUUGACUUGAUACUUCUGUUUUUAUUAGCUGCUUUACCCCGGCUUAUUAUAUCAGGAUCUGUCUGUGAUUCUAAAGAGGCAGUGAACGUUUUUGCUGAAAAAUUUGUCGCCAACAAUAAACUUGUUUGUGGAAACUAUUCUGAAAUAAUUGGAAACAACUUGACUGUGGAGGGGUCAAACAACUCAAUUACUGGAAACAUUAAUAGUAUCAACGGCAACAACAAUAGGAUAACUGGUAACCAAGCAGUUGUUGUUGGUAGCUUCAACAAACUAAUGGGGAAAGCUCUUUCAGUUGUUGGAAAUUCAAACUCUUUAGCUGGACAGUUCAGCAUAGUCAAAGGCAAGGAUAGUUAGUGCAGACCUUGGAAUCGUAAAUACCAAUUAAAC